GUGAAGAAGCACAAGAUACGCAUCGCGGGCUCGUUGUGGUGGACGUAUGUCUUCAGCGUGGUCUUCAGGCUGCUCUUCGAGGCGGUGUUCAUGUACAUCUUCUACAUGAUCUACCCGGGCUACCAGAUGGUGCGGCUGGUCAAGUGCGAGGCCUACCCCUGCCCCAACACCGUCGACUGCUUCGUCUCCCGGCCCACCGAGAAGACCAUCUUCACCGUCUUCAUGCUGGUCACCUCCAGCAUCUGCAUCGUGCUCAACAUGGCCGAGCUGGUCUACCUGGUGGUGCGGGCCUGUGCCCGGCGGGGCCGGCAAAACUCCAACCCCUCGUCGGGGAAGGGCUCUUUCUACGGGCACAAGCUCUCCGAGUAUAAGCAGAACGAGAUCAACCAGCUGCUGACAGAGCAGGACGGCUCCCUCAAGGACAUGCUGCGCCGCAACCCCGGGCUGCAGGAGAAGGGCGACCGCUGCUCCGCCUGCUAAGGCCCACGCCGCAGGGGCUGCAGCCCUUGCCCCUGCCCCACAGCCUCCCCACAGCCCCGGGGGGGGGCCUCACGCCGCCCACAUCCUGAGUACAGCACCCCCCGGUGCCAGCCUCCUGGACAGCUGCUGCUGCGCACUCGGGCCAUUAAAUCUCCGUUCUCAGGCGCUGCCUCCCUGCUUUCUGCUCCGGCUGGGACGUGCCGGGGGCCACGGUGCCAGCAUGGGGUGCCCACCCCUGCCCGGCCAGGCAGAGAGGAGAGGAGCGGGUCUGGGUGCAGCCAGGCUCCUGCCACCCACCUCUGGGGAUGCUUCUCCAUGCACGGGGCUGGCCAGCCCCAUACGUGGGUGGGGAAUACUGGGGCCUGGGGGGCUGUGGUCCCUGCAUGGAGCCCUGGCAGCACACGUGCGGGAGCAGUGACCCUCUGGUGGCAUUGAGCGCUAGCCCCUGCAGCCCCAAAGUAUAUUUAGAAAGGUACCCAGACCAAAAAUAGAGGGGAAAAAUUUCCCCCAGUGGCUGCUUCAUCUGCCAGUCACAAAGAAAGCCAAUGGGGCCCGCAGCUGCAUCACGCCCCGAUAACCCUGUGCCCGCUGUCGGGUGGACAGACGGACGGACGGAGCCGGCCGGACCUGUCUGCACCCCGCUGCGCACCGGGAAGGGCCUCGCAGCACCCUGCACCCCUGCACAGGAGCCGACGGCGUGGGAGCACCGGGCUGUGCCCCGCGCACCCGCAACGGUGAGGGGUCCCCGUGCUGUGCCCUGUGGUGGCCACGGCCACCUUGCUGGGGGUUGCUUUCUGACGGAAGCCUUUGCUCCCGCCGCCCUCCCCACGCCAGGUCAGGGCGUCCCAUGGGACGCGAGGUGGGGACAGCCCCAGCUCAGGGCCCCGCACGCCCGCCCGGGGGCAGGGUUGCGGUUGGGCAGGUGUCCGUGUGUCUGGAGCGCGGCUGUCUUGCAGGGCGCAGCGCCGCGCACCAUGGGGGACUGGAGCCUGCUGGGGCGGCUGCUGGAGAGCGCCCAGGAGCACUCCACGGUGGUGGGGAAGGUCUGGCUCACCGUCCUCUUCGUCUUCCGCAUCCUGGUGCUGGGGGCGGCCGCCGAACGGGUCUGGGGUGACGAGUUGGCUGGCUUCUCCUGCGACACGCAGCAGCCCGGCUGCCAGAACGCCUGCUACGACAGCACCUUCCCCCUCUCCCACCUCCGCUUCUGGGUCCUGCAGAUCAUCUUCGUCUCCACCCCCAGCCUCGUGUACUUGGGACACAUCCUGCACCUGGUGCACCUGGAGGAGAAGGCGCAGCAGCGAGCGGUGGCACGGGCUGGCAACGGGGCCAGGCGGCAGCGCCCCGGGCAGCCCCCGCUCCACACAGGGGAUGUGCGGGGCCGGGUCCAGAUGCGGGGGGCCAUCCUGAGGACAUACGUCUGCAACGUUGUCUUCAAGGCUCUCUUUGAGAUGGGCUUCAUCGCGGGUCAGUACGCCUUGUAUGGGUUUGAGCUGAAGCCCCUCUACACCUGCAGCCGCUGGCCCUGCCCCAACACCGUCAACUGCUACAUCUCCCGGCCCACCGAGAAGACCAUCUUCAUCCUCUUCAUGCUGGGGGUGGCCUGCGUGUCCCUGUUGCUGAACCUGGUGGAGAUCUACCACCUGGGCUUCACCAAGUGCCGGCAGGGGCCACGUCCCAGGUCCCAAGUCCUGCCUGGCCCUGGCAGCCCUACGGAGCCCCGCAGCGCCCGUGUCACCUUGCCUGGUGGUGGCAGCCUCACGGAUGCCAGCAGACCCCACCAUGGCCUGGCACCCCUGGGGAAGGCUGGCGCGUGGCUGGGGGUGGCCAGCGGGUCCCGCGGGAAGGCGCGAGUGGGGGACCUGGCGGUGUGA